CUGCCCAGGUCUGUGCCUUUGGAAGUGUGACGCUUGUUGGUGCUGGGAGCAGCUUGCUUUGGGACAGCCAGUGUAACCACGCAACCAAGAUGGUGGCAUUUAACUGGAAGGCUUUGGAGAAUUUCCCAUUGCUGAUGUACAUUUUGGCAGCUAAGACAUUGAUUCUUUGCUUAGCAUUUGCUGGAGUAAAAAUGUACCAGAGCAAAAAAAUUGAAGAAAAACUGAAGAGGGAACGUGAAGAGAAAUUUAAAACAGAAGUAGAAAAGAAGGAUGAUUGAAGAGUCUCUCAGAUUUUCUGACACUUGGCAGCUUGCAUUGGAUUCCUUCCUGGGAGAGUGAAGCCUUCCUGUAGACGAAGAACAAGUCAAAGGAAUAAAACUCAAGAAUAACAUCUGCUUAAACUGUAUCUCAACUUUUUAUACAUACAGCAUAAUAUCUAAGCCUCUAUUUAUGCAAUAAAAAAAUCCUUUGUAAAAAAAA